CACCCCACCAUUCUUCAGCCCACUGACUCCCAGCCUGGUGUGGAAACUGAGGCCCAGAGAGGUGAUGUGAUUUGCCUAAAAUCAUGCAACUAGUGGCAGAGCCAGGCCUAGAAGCCAGGUGUCCUGGCUCUCAAGACAUUCCGCUGCCCGAGGAGUGGAACAGAGAAUUGGAGGCUAAAGCUACCAAAGACGUGGAAAGGAAUCUCAGCAGGGAUUUAGUGCAAGAAGAAGAACAGUUGAUGGAAGAAAAGAAAAAGAAAAAAGACGACAAGAAAAAGAAGGAAGCUGCUCAAAAGAAGGCCACUGAACAAAAAAUCAAAGUGCCAGAACAGAUAAAGCCCAGUGUAAGCCAGCCUCAGCCUGCCAACUGUAAUAACGGCACUUCCACAGCAACCAGCACUAAUAAUAAUGCCAAGCGAGCCACAGCCAACAAUCAGCAACAGCAGCAGCAACAGCAGCAGCAGCAGCAACAGCAGCAGCAGCAGCAGCAGCAGCAGCAGCAACAGCAGCAACAGCAGCAGCAGCAACAGCAGCAACAGCAACAACCACCACAGGCCUUGCCUCGGUAUCCUCGUGAAGUACCACCACGAUUUCGCCACCAGGAACACAAACAGCUUCUAAAGAGGGGUCAGCAUUUUCCUGUCAUAGCAGCAAACCUGGGAUCUGCUGUUAAAGUGUUAAGCAGCCAGUCAGAAAGCAGUGCUUUAACAAAUCAACAGCCACAAAGUAACGGAGAGGUGCAGAACAGCAAAAACCAGUCAGAUAUAAACCACAGUACUUCAGGAGCCCAUUAUGAAAACCCGCAGCGGGGGCCUGUGUCUUCUACAAGCGACUCUAGCACAAACUGUAAGAACGCUGUUGUAAACGACUCUCCUGAAAGAGAAGCAUGGCCCUCAGCCCCUGGCAGUGAUCCUGAGUUGGCUUCAGAAUGUAUGGAUGCUGAUUCUGCUUCCAGUUCUGAAUCAGAGAGAAACAUCACUAUCAUGGCUUCAGGGAGCACAGGCGGUGAAAAAGAUGGCCUUCGGAAUAGUACUGGACUUGCUUCUCAAAACAAGUUUGUGGUUGGUAGCAGCAGCAAUAAUGUGGGCCAUGGAAGUAGUACUGGGCCAUGGGGGUUUUCCCAUGGAGCCAUAAUAAGCACAUGUCAGGUGUCUGUGGAUGCUCCUGAAAGCAAAUCAGAAAGUAGCAACAAUAGAAUGAAUGCUUGGGGCACUGUAAGUUCUUCAUCAAAUGGAGGGUUAAAUCCAAGCACUUUGAAUUCAGCUAGCAACCAUGGUGCCUGGCCAGUAUUAGAGAACAACGGACUUGCCCUAAAAGGGCCUGUAGGGAGUGGUAGUUCUGGCAUCAAUAUUCAGUGCAGUCCCAUAAGCCAGAUGCCUAACAAUCAGAGUAUUAACUCUAAAGUGGGUGGCUCUUCUACCCAUGGUACCUGGGGAAGCCUUCAGGAAACGUGUGAAUCUGAAGUAAGUGGUACACAGAAGGUUUCAUUCAGUGGUCAACCUCAAAAUAUUACCACUGAAAUGACUGGACCAAAUAACACUACUAACUUUAUGACCUCUAGUUUACCAAACUCCGGUUCAGUACAGAAUAAUGAACUGCCUAGUAAUACAGGGGCCUGGCGCGUGAGCACAAUGAAUCAUCCUCAGAUACAGGCUCCAUCAGUUAUGAAUGGCACUUCCCUUUCUCACCUUAGCAAUGGAGAGUCAAAAAAUGGAGGCUCUUACGGUACUACAUGGGGUGCCUAUGGUUCUAAUUACUCUGGAGACAAAUGUUCAAGCCCUAAUGGCCAAGCAAAUGGUGACACUGUGAAUGCAACUCUAAUGCAGCCUGGUAUAAAUGGGCCUAUGGGCACUAACUUUCAAGUUAACACGAAUAAAGGAGGAGGUGUGUGGGAGUCUGGGGCAGCAAAUUCCCAGAGCGCAUCAUGGGGAAGUGGAAACAGUGCGAAUUCUGGGGGAAGUCGAAGAGGAUGGGGCACCCCUGCACAAAACACUGGCACUAAUACACCCAGCGUGGAGUGGAACAAACUGUCUAGCAAUCAGCAUUCCAAUGACAGUGCAAAUGGCAAUGGUAAGACGUUUACAAAUGGAUGGAAAUCUACUGAGGAAGAGGAUCAGGGUUCUGCCACAUCUCAGACAAAUGAGCAAAACAGCGUGUGGGCCAAAUCAGGAGGUCCGGUGGAGAGUGAAGGUAGUACAGAAAGCACUGGACGCCUGGAGGAAAAAGUAACUGGGGAAAAUCAGAGUAGAGAUAGAAGAAAAAUAGAUCAGCACACCUUACUCCAAAGCAUUGUAAACAGAACUGACUUAGAUCCACGUGUCCUAUCCAACUCUGGUUGGGGACAGACUCCUAUUAAGCAGAAUACUGCCUGGGAUACUGAUGCAUCACCUAGAGGGGAAAGAAAGACUGACAAUGGGACAGAGGCCUGGGGGAGCUCUGCAACACAGACUUUUAACUCAGGGGCAUGUAUAGAUAAGACUAGCCCUAAUAGUAAUGAUACCUCAUCUGUAGUAGGUUGGGGAGAUCCCAAACCUGCUGUGAGGUGGGGAGAUUCCAAAGGCUCAAACUGCCAGGGGGGAUGGGAAGAUGAUUCUGCUGCUACAGGAAUGGUCAAGAGCAAUCAGUGGGGGAAUUGCAAAGAGGAGAAGUCUGCAUGGAAUGAUUCGCAAAAGAACAAACAGGGAUGGGGUGAUGGACAAAAAUCAAACCAAGGGUGGUCCGUUUCUGCCGGUGAUAACUGGGGAGAAACUUCAAGGAGUAACCAUUGGGGUGAAGCUAAUAAGAAAUCUAGCUCAGGAGGUAGUGACAGUGACAGAUCUGUUUCUGGUUGGAAUGAACUCGGUAAAACUAGUUCUUUUACUUGGGGAAAUAACAUAAAUCCAAAUAAUUCAUCAGGAUGGGAUGAAUCUUCUAAAGCUAAUCCUUCCCCGGGAUGGGGAGAUCCUCCAAAGUCUAAUCAGUCACUAGGUUGGGGAGAUUCGUCCAAGCCAGUCAGUUCUCCAGACUGGAACAAGCAACAAGACAUUGUUGGAUCUUGGGGAAUCCCACCAGCUACAGGCAAGCCUCCUGGUACGGGCUGGCUGGGGGGACCUAUUCCAGCCCCAGCUAAAGAAGAAGAACCUACAGGCUGGGAGGAACCAUCCCCAGAAUCCAUACGCCGCAAAAUGGAGAUUGAUGAUGGAACUUCAGCUUGGGGAGAUCCAAGCAAAUACAACUACAAAAAUGUGAACAUGUGGAACAAAAACAUCCCAAAUGGUGGCAGCCGUCCAGACCAGCAAGCACAGGCACACCAGUUGCUGCCAUCUGCAAGUGCCAUCGCAAACAAAGAGGCGGGCAGUGGCUCCGGCUGGGGUGAGCCCUGGGGGGAGCCUUCCACUCCAGCCACAACUGUGGAUAAUGGUACUUCAGCGUGGGGUAAACCCAUAGACAGUGGUCCCAGCUGGGGGGAACCCAUUGCUGCGGCAUCCAGCACAUCCACGUGGGGCUCCAGCUCUGUUGGUCCUCAGGCGUUAAGCAAAUCUGGGCCAAAAUCUAUGCAAGAUGGCUGGUGUGGUGAUGAUAUGCCAUUGCCUGGAAAUCGCCCCACUGGCUGGGAAGAGGAAGAGGAUGUAGAGAUUGGAAUGUGGAAUAGUAGUUCAUCUCAAGAACUUAAUUCAUCUUUAAAUUGGCCACCAUAUACAAAGAAAAUGUCAUCGAAGGGUCUGAGUGGCAAAAAAAGGAGAAGGGAAAGGGGAAUGAUGAAAGGUGGAAACAAACAAGAAGAAACAUGGAUAAAUCCAUUUGUUAAACAGUUUUCAAAUAUCAGUUUUUCGAGAGACUCACCAGAAGAAAAUGUACAAAGCAAUAAGAUGGACCUUUCUGGAGGAAUGUUACAAGACAAACGAAUGGAGAUAGAUAAACAUAGUCUAAAUAUUGGUGAUUACAAUCGAACGGUCGGGAAAGGCCCUGGUUCUCGGCCUCAGAUUUCCAAAGAGUCUUCCAUGGAGCGCAGUCCUUAUUUUGAUAAGAAUGGCAAUCCCAGUAUGUUUGGUGUUGGAAACACAGCAGCACAACCCCGGGGCAUGCAGCAGCCUCCAGCACAACCUCUUAGUUCAUCUCAGCCUAAUCUCCGUGCUCAAGUGCCUCCUCCAUUACUCUCCCCUCAGGUUCCAGUUUCAUUGCUGAAGUAUGCACCAAACAACGGUGGCCUGAAUCCGCUCUUUGGCCCUCAACAGGUAGCCAUGCUGAACCAGCUAUCCCAACUAAACCAGCUUUCUCAGAUCUCCCAGUUACAGCGAUUGUUAGCGCAACAGCAAAGGGCGCAGAGUCAGAGAAGCGUGCCUUCUGGGAACCGGCAGCAGCAAGACCAGCAGGGUCGACCUCUUAGUGUGCAGCAGCAAAUGAUGCAGCAGUCCCGUCAACUUGAUCCAAACCUGUUGGUAAAGCAACAGACUCCACCAUCUCAGCAGCAGUCACUCCAUCAGCCAGCCAUGAAAUCUUUCCUUGAAAAUGUCAUGCCCCACACUACACCUGAGCUGCAAAAAGGGCCAUCACCAAUAAACGCUUUCAGCAACUUUCCUAUAGGCUUGAAUUCAAACUUGAAUGUAAAUAUGGAUAUGAACAGUAUUAAAGAGCCACAGUCAAGACUAAGGAAGUGGACUACAGUGGACAGCAUUUCUGUGAACACAUCUUUGGAUCAAAACUCCAGCAAACAUGGUGCUAUUUCAAGUGGUUUCAGGCUGGAAGAGUCUCCAUUUGUUCCCUAUGACUUUAUGAACAGCAGUACUUCACCAGCCAGUCCUCCAGGUUCAAUAGGAGAUGGCUGGCCACGUGCCAAAUCGCCUAACGGCUCUAGCAGUGUUAACUGGCCACCAGAAUUUCGCCCUGGUGAACCAUGGAAAGGUUAUCCAAACAUCGACCCUGAAACUGACCCUUACGUCACUCCUGGCAGUGUCAUAAACAAUCUUUCAAUUAAUACUGUGCGGGAAGUCGACCACCUCAGGGACAGGAACAGUGGGUCAUCCUCAUCCUUGAACACCACGCUGCCUUCAACUAGUGCCUGGUCAUCCAUUCGUGCCUCCAACUACAACGUUCCCCUCAGCAGUACAGCACAAAGCACUUCAGCCAGAAAUAGUGAUUCCAAAUUGACGUGGUCUCCUGGUUCAGUUACAAACACCUCUCUGGCUCAUGAGCUGUGGAAGGUCCCUUUGCCACCUAAAAACAUCACUGCUCCGUCCCGCCCUCCUCCGGGACUGACUGGUCAGAAGCCGCCCUUGUCUACGUGGGAUAAUUCUCCCCUUCGUGUGGGUGGAGGAUGGGGAAAUUCUGACGCCAGGUAUACCCCAGGUUCCAGCUGGGGUGAGAGCAGCUCAGGGAGAAUAACAAAUUGGCUUGUUCUAAAAAACCUUACACCUCAGAUCGAUGGCUCCACUCUGCGUACUCUGUGCAUGCAGCAUGGCCCACUGAUAACAUUCCACCUGAACCUCCCACAUGGAAAUGCAUUGGUCCGUUACAGUUCAAAAGAAGAGGUAGUGAAGGCACAAAAGUCUCUGCACAUGUGCGUGCUGGGGAACACUACUAUUCUCGCUGAGUUUGCCAGUGAAGAGGAGAUCAGUCGUUUUUUUGCACAAAGUCAGUCUCUGACCCCUUCUCCCGGCUGGCAGUCUCUCGGGUCCAGCCAGAGCCGGCUGGGCUCCCUCGACUGCUCCCACUCAUUCUCCAGCCGGACCGAUCUCAAUCACUGGAAUGGUGCUGGGCUGUCGGGAACUAACUGUGGAGACCUUCACGGCACUUCACUCUGGGGAACCCCACAUUAUUCCACAAGCCUGUGGGGUCCUCCAAGCAGCAGCGACCCCCGGGGAAUUAGCAGCCCAUCCCCCAUUAAUGCUUUUCUUUCUGUUGACCACCUGGGUGGGGGUGGAGAGUCCAUGUAACAGUGUAGGUGUAGACUCGUGAACUGUGACCUCAAGAUACGAAAGAAAGGAGCACUAAGUUGGGCUCGCCGCCUGCAGCCAGGGGCCACCUGUGGGAACAGCUAUUCUCUGCACAUUUUCCACUUUGUUUUCCCCGAAACAUAUCAGUUUGAAUACUUGAAUCAUGCAGGCCAAUAUUAUAAUGUGAAAAGGUAUCUAUCUAUAUAUUACACUCCCAAACAGCGCCAUACACGCUACGCCGUAUCGAAUGAGCUCACUCGUGUAUAUCCAUCAUGUUUAGCCUCUGGGUUCUCUUUUUUUUCCCCCCUCCCCAUCCACACAACCCCCUCUUUUUUUUUAAUUAUUAUUUUUGCAAAACCAUUUUUUUGGGCUGAUAAUGUAUGAGCUUUUAACUUUGCACUGAAUGAUGUUCUCUCCGUCUAAUCGGCAAUAUGGGGGGGCAGCUGUUCCAGUGUAAAUGUUUACUCAAGGAUGCUCUUAAAGGUGUGCGCUCUCUACUAUGCCUUGACGUUUGCCUACCUUAUUGUGGUAUUGUGGAGUUUAAAAGAUCAAGCUAGGAUACUGACUUAGGACUAUAAAUGAAAGUAUUGCACCAGUUUUUUCAUGUAAAACUAAAGAAUUUCGCUCUGCAGUUUGAAAAACUGUGGCCACAGCUGUGACUUGCAGCCCACCUGCCACCCAGGACGGGCCCUGCACUUUGAAUAGGCUUUCCAUUUUGUUUUGAAGGUUUCCAUGUUGAACCUUCUUGUUUACAGAUUUUUUUGUUUGUUUUUUGAGAAAAAAAAAAUGUUUACUCUUCCAUCAUUUAAAAAAAAAUUUAAAAGACAAAAAAAAAUGGAGGAUGAUUUAAAAGAUGCUUUCUAUCUCUGGGAAAAGGAGCAGCAUUUGGCCAUGUUCUUUUGUUUUCUAUUCCUGUCCUAGAUCAAAGAGCAUGGUUCUCAGGAAAACCAGUUCCCCAGUU